CCAUAUUGAGAGAAAAAAAACAACGGAAAAGAAAAUGGUAUUUCCAGCUGAAGUUCUGUGACGAAAUAUUUAUUUAUGUGAUUGCGCUAGAAGAAAAAGCACAUUACUGUGUCAUUUUAUUAAGAUCAAUGCGGCUACGUUUAUUUCAUUUUAAUUGCCUUUAUGUCUAUCUCGCGGAUUAUUAUAAGGCUCGAAAUUUGUGACACUUCCACAACAAAGCCUGGUCAUAUCGAGUUCACUGCCUCAGGUUAUCCCAAAAUGGCAGAAAAAGAAAAAGUAUCCAUUAAAACCAGCAGUAAUACAUGCAAGCAUAAGCGACAAGGUACGGUAGAAGAUUUCCAUGGUCGAAGGGAGACCAGUACAAUUGAGCUUGAAACUCUUGUCAAUGAAGGUCCCAAAAGCAACGACAAAUCUGAUGCACAUGCAGUGAAAGAAACAAAGGACAAAGAAAAGAAAUCCAAAAUUUCAACCCAAAAUUCCGAAACAAAAGAUGAGGUCAAGGCGGAGCAAUCAGGAAGUAAAUCAGAGAGAACAACUAUCACAUCAAUAGACAAGACCGGGAAAAUUCAUUUCUUUUCAGGAAACCCUAGUGUAGAAAUAACCAAGGGAAUCAUUCAUAUAUUUAAGGAGAACCAGAUGACAUCUUUGACAGAUGAAGUUCCAAGGAGUGAGAUGAUUUGCAUGCUUGCUGUUCCAGCAUCGCUUACGAUACAUGACAUGGUCCAGUUUACAGCACCCUCAGCUGAAGGGAUUGAGCUCUUGAGAAUCAUACGUGAUGCCUCUCCCAACCAGUACAUGGUGCUUGUGAAGUUUAAGAAUGCUAGCUUAGCUGAUGAGUUUUAUUCUGAGUACAAUGGAAAAGUGUUCAACUCCAUCGAAAACCAGCAGUGUUACCUUGCAUAUGUUGCUAGAGUAGAGUUGAUGAAGACUUCUGAGGGAGGUUACCUUGUAAUGCCAGGGGUCACUGAACUCCCUGUGUGUCACAUCUGUCUUGAGAGAAUGGAUGAAGCAGUGGAUGGCAUUAUCACCAUCCUGUGUAACCACUCAUUCCAUGGCAGCUGCCUCUACAAAUGGGGUGAUACCAGUUGCCCGGUUUGCCGCUACUCUCAAACUCCAGAAAUGGUUGAAGAUAAUAAAUGCUUUAGGUGUGGGGCACAGGAGAGUCUGUGGAUUUGCUUGGUGUGUGGUGUUGUUGGAUGUGGACGGUACGUUGAAGCUCACGCCCAUGAACAUUUCAAGGAAACGCAGCAUACAUACGCAUUACAAGUUGGUCAGAACAAAGUGUGGGAUUAUGCAGGCGAUAAUUAUGUACACCGUCUAAUGCAGACAAAAGGAGAUGGUAAAAUGGUGGAAUGGGAUCAUGAAGAUGGAAGCAACAGGGAGGAGAAGUUGGAUUCAAUCACCUUGGAAUAUACCUAUUUACUAACCAAUCAACUUGAAUCUCAAAAAGCAUAUUAUGAGGAGAGAAUAUCAAGAAUAGAACAAGAAGCAUUAUCACAGAGGUUAGAGUUAGAAUCAAGAUCCAAGAAAAAAGUAGAGGAAUGUGAGAAAUAUGAAAACCGGGUACAGAAUUUAUUAAAAGAGAAAACAACAUUAGAAAAGAAGAUUAGUCAACUAAACAGCAAAUUACAGAAGAUAAAUCAAAAUUAUAUUGAGGAAAAAGAGAUGAACAAAGGUUUACGUUUAAAUCAGAAAGUUUGGCAAGAUAAAGUGUCAACUCUUGAAUCAUCAAGCAAAGCUGAGAGAGAAAAGUAUCAGAAGGAGGUGGCUGAUUUGCAGGAGCAGUUAAGAGAUGUGAUGUUUUUUUUAGAAGCACAAGAUAAAAUAAAGCAAAGUCCGGCUGGCAUCCGCCAAGAGAUUCAAGAUGGACAGAUCCUGGUUGGCUCAGCGUCGGGGACAUCAGAUUCAAAACCAACUCAGAAGCGUGGGAAGAAGAAGAAAUGAUCACAAAAUUAACACCGAGAGAACAGACUGGUUGAAUUCUUAUUAGUGACAAGAAGGCGGAAAUGGAGCCAUUGUAGAUGUGGAGUGAAGACAAAAUGCUGUCAUCCUUGAAUUUAACUGACCUCGUACCCUCAGCUCCAAUAGGAACUAAAUAUUCAUUGGGUGGAGAAACUCAAAAAGAUGCAAGCUAAAAGAUCUCUGUGGCUUUUUAUAUAGUGCCUAUGCUGAAAUUUUGAGUCAGGAUUGUGGUGCAUGGCCAGAGUGGAUAACUUCAUUGUUAACAUCAUAAAGAUCACUAUAUAUUUGGUACGGAAAUCCCAUUCAAUCAAAAAACUAUCCUAUGGUAAAUUUUUAAGCAUAAAAUUAUAUACUGCAAAUAUUUGUAUGUACAUUCAUUUUCUAUUUUAAAUGAUAGGUAAAUAAUUUUACUCAAUAUAUAGCUUUGCUCCCCUUUGAAAUGUUUAGAAACAACUGGGUAAACUAUAAACCCUUAACUUUACCCAAGCAAACGUCAUUUGAAGAAGAUAUCUGUGAUUUUUUUAGUGAAUAACAUUUGUCUGUCGGAGAGAUAAGAACAGCA